AUGGCGCCAACAGGUGACAAGACGAGAUUGGACCCUGGCGUGGAUGAGGGUCCGAUCCGUGCUUGCCUGGAAGGCGACGACCGCAACUCAACUCCGCAGGCAGGAAAGAAGCAGUGGGGCGGUCGGUCACCGGCGAGGGGGCGUCGGGUCGAAGUCAUGCGCAGCGUGGCGUGGGCAAGGCCGGGCGACUUCCGAGUCUCGCGUCGGCGCCCGAGCAGCCUUUUCCUUGGAGGGGAGCGCGCGUGUGUGUCUGAGAGCAGGACUCAGCUCACUCCGGAAGCCAAAAAAGGUGCCUCGUGCGCACAGCCAAGCCAGCACCUUCACCUUCCGGCAGCAGCAGCAGCGGCAUCAAAGCGGAUCGACGACAGCACCCUCAGCUCGUUUGGCCCGGCCCCUCACUCCGCUCCGCACUGCACUGCACACCCUUCCGCCCGCUUCAUCAGCCUCGACCUCAUUCCGUUUUCACCCUCCAACUCGAUUGCCGUCGUCACCACCCUUCUCCUCUUCGGCCUCUGCUUUCCCUCUGACCGCUAUCGUCCUCUGCACCGUCGUCGUGUCUCGUGCCCCACCACCUCUUUGACGCGCCUCGCUGAUCUCAACGCACUCCACUCGAUCCCACCUGCAUCCCUUCGGCCUAAAGCACAUCAGCUUUCGGACAUCCAGCCUCGCAUCUUCCGUCUCUCCUACAUUGCUUUUGCGCGCAUUCCCGGAUCCCCUGCCGCUACCGUCGCAUCCGCCUGCAUCCUUGCAAAGCCGCCUGCGUCUACGCUCUAG